CUACGUAAAACUGCAGAGAGGACAGCACCUACAGUACAUACAAAAAAACACCACGCUCAUGCGCAGAAAUCUCCCUAUCAAUAGCCACGGAAAAACAGGUUCCAGAGCAGCCACUCCAUAAUAUUUCAUGAUCAAAUUUUGGGCGUAGUAAACCCUCUCGCUUCGUCUCUUCCUCUCUACUACGAGUACUACAGGUGAUCGAAUUCCGUCCAAAAACAACGACCACAUAACUGGUUUGCAGGGUCACCGCGAGCUACCGAGUCUUCGGAAAUAUGGACCUUUUCUCUUUCUUUGCAGGUUGGAUCGGUUAUUUGCUUAUUUGCCUGCUUGGAUUGAUUUUGAUCGCGUUUCUAUUUUUUUGUCUUUACAUUAAAUAUAUUCAUCUGAAAUAUGAUCACAUACCGGGACCACCAAGGGAUAGUUUUAUAUUUGGUCAUUCCCCAACCAUGCUGAGGGAGAUGAGCAAUGGUCGAGUUGUCCACGACAAAUUUCUGGAAUGGGCUGAGACUUAUGGACCGGUCUACCGUAUCAACGGUUUGCAUAUUGUGAUGUUGUGUGUGACCUGUCCUGAUACCACCAAGGAAGUCCUGAUGUCACCUAAGUACCCCAAAGCCUCAAUGGUCUACAAGCGUCUCUUCAACCUUUUUGGACAGAGGUUUUUGGGAAGUGGCCUGGUCACAGCACAGAAUCAUGAUGAAUGGUACAAACAGCGAAGAAUAAUGGACCCUGCCUUCAGCAGUCUGUACCUGCGGGGUCAGAUGGGUGCGUUCAACGAGAGGGCAGAGAAGCUGAUGGAUAAACUGGCGGACAUGGCUGACACCAACACAGCUGCCAACAUGCAACACAUGUUCAACUGUGUGACACUGGAUGUCAUCACUAAGGUGGCGUUUGGAGUGGAGCUGGAUCUGCUGAAGGAGAGUGACUCUCCGUUCCCCAACGCUAUAGAGAUGUGUCUGAAGGGAAUGGUCCACUAUCUCAGAGACUUCACCUUCCAGCUCUACCCAAAGAACAAGAAGUUCAUCAACGAGGUGAAGAAGUCUUGUCAGCUGCUGCGUUCGACAGGCAGACAGUGGAUCAACGAGAGGAAAAUGGCCGUCCAAAACGGAGAGGACGUUCCAAAAGACAUCCUCACACAGAUCCUCAAGACGGCUGGCAAAGAGGAAAACAUAGCAAAUGAUGAUGAGGAGCUUAUGCUGGACAACUUUGUGACAUUCUUCAUUGCGGGGCAAGAGACAACAGCCAAUCAACUAGCUUUUACGGUCAUGGAACUGGGAAGACUGCCAGAGAUACUGACAAAGGUGAAGCAGGAAGUGGAUGACGUCAUCGGGAUGAAACAGGAAAUCAGCUUUGACGACCUGGGGAAAAUGACCUACCUGUCUCAGGUUUUGAAGGAGACUCUAAGGUUGUACCCUACAGCACCAGGCACUUCUCGUUUCAUCCCCAACGACAUCGUCAUCAACAGCAUCCCCAUCCCAGCAGGAGUCUCAUGCUUCUUCAAUUCUUAUGUGUGUGGAAGGUUGGAUAAGUUCUUUGAGGACCCGCUGAAGUUUGACCCAGAGAGGUUCCAUCCAGACGCUGCCAAACCCUAUUACUGCUACUACCCCUUCGCCCUGGGACCACGCUCAUGUCUGGGACAGAGCUUCGCACAGAUGGAGGCUAAGGUAGUGAUGGCCAAGCUGCUUCAGAGGUUUGACUUCAGCCUGCUGCCUGGCCAGUCCUUUGACAUCCUGGACACUGGGACUUUGAGACCAAAGAGUGGAGUGGUGUGUAAAAUCAGACACAGAGGACAGACAACCGCAGCCUGGCCUGACUGGGACCUGAACAUGACUAGCACUUCUCUAUAACAUACUUGUCUUAUUUCUUAUACUUCUUAGUGGAGCAAAUUACCUUUUUCAUUCAAUGAAGCACCUUAUUCAAAUAUCUAGCUAUUUUUUAUGAAAAUGGAUUUUGAACAAUUAUGUUUAUUCUUUGUAUCAAUGGUGAAAUAAUAUCUUAAAUAUGACAGUU